AUGAAUCGGCUCUCUAUAGACCCGAGCACCCUCUCCAACACCCAGCAAGAGCUGGAGCAACUCUUCGAAAACACCAUCUACGACAUCGACGACGCCGAGCUCCUCGCCCACCGAUCUCUCCAAAGACCCCGCACGCCCUCCCAAGAGCUAGCACGCCACUUAACCAGACUAACACUACACAUUCCGGGGCGGUCCAACGGUGCUAGCGCCAGCCCUCCCGAAACCUCAAUCGAGGACCUAACCCUCCUAUUCUCGCAGCUAUCACUCGAGCCCACUCCGCUUUCGCCGGCUAGUGCACUCAGGCUUGCGCUUCGAGAGGCGGUGGCAACGCCGCUGGAGGGCAUUGCGGAGGAGGACGAGGGGGAGGAGAGUGAUGGGACUAUGUAUAGCUGUGACGAGGGGGGUAGUGAGCGCGGCAGCGAGGGCACGGUGAAUGAGUGGGAUGAGUGGGUGUUGGAGGAUGAGGAGGAGGUGGAGGUGCAGGUGGCGGAUGAAGAUGAGGUGGAUGCGGAGGCGAAUAGGGUUAUGGAUGCGAUUGUGUUCAAGUCGUGGAUUCAGGUUGUGCCGUGGGUUGUUUAG